AUUUCAAGGUUUGUAAGUUUAAAAAAAAGAUUUGAACGCAAAUAUCACGUAUACUUUUAUUAAGCCGUGAGGUCUCGAGAGGACCACACAAACAUGUUACAGCUCCUUGGACUAACACUAAUUGUGGCCACGGCAUCUUGCUGUGAUUGGUCACCAUGGCGCCCAUGCGACCGUGCAUGUGGUGGCGGCAAUAAAACUCGCCACGGAGAUUGUGGUCUUUUUGGAUGGAGUUCCAAGACUGAAAGAACAACGUGCAAUGAAUUUUGUUACAACCGCGGCUCAUUUUACGGUGGUCAUUGUCACUGCACAGCUUGGAGAUCUGGAUCAUGUUGUCAAACUUGCAGAAAUAUAUACAUUGCCCAUUGUAAACAUGGCAAACAAGCAUGCGGCGGAAGUCCUGACAACAUUAAAUGUACAGAGUGCGAGAGAUACUACGUACCUGCAGGUUAUGGAAAUGGAUGUAAGAGAUGCCAACAUAACUAUGUUGUCGAUAGGGGCGUACCAAAAUGUACAUGCAAAGAUGGCUAUAGGCUCUCUUCAAAUGGAUAUUCAUGUUAUGAUGUAGAUGAAUGUGUCGUUGGCAACUCACAUUGUAACCAAAUAUGUUCAAAUACUGUUGGAUCCUUCAAAUGCUCCUGCAGACACGGCUACACCCUCGAUUCUGACGGUCAAACAUGUUCUGAUAUAGACGAGUGCCUAACUGGAGUGGCAAAAUGUGAACAGAAAUGUAUCAACUUGCCGGGUUCCUAUAGAUGUUCUUGUCGUCCAGGGUUUACAUUAUCGACAGAUGGCUCUUGUACAGAUAUAAAUGAAUGCAGCAGAAAUAAUGGCGGAUGCAUGCAAACUUGCGUAAACGAACCAGGAUCAUUCCAUUGUAAAUGCCACGAUGGAUACCGACUGGAGUCACACCGACUAUCAUGUGUCGAUAUUGAUGAAUGUAGCGAAGGAACAUCAAAGUGUUCGCAAAAAUGCCGAAAUAUUCACGGAUCAUACACAUGUAGUUGUAACCAAGGUUUCAGGUUAAAUACUGAUAAAUAUACUUGCGAUGAUAUUGAUGAUUGUCUCGGCGUUAUAUGUCAGAAUGGAGGAUCAUGUCUUGACAACAUUGGUUCUUUCACGUGUUCAUGCAAGAAAGGUUUUACAGGGAGGAAUUGUGAAAAUGAUAUAAAUGAGUGUGAGGGGUUUCUACAUGGGGGAUGUGAAGACAAAUGCGUUAAUACUAUCGGGUCUUUCCGGUGCGAAUGCAGUGGCAAUACAACUCUGAACAAUGAUGGCAUCUCUUGUACAGGCGGAGAGAAAAGAGCAAGCGUUUUUGCGCGACACGGAAUAGCUCGUCAACUUUUACCCCGAGGCUGUUCCACUAUUUUAUUGACAAGAUGUACGGAUGGUAAUACCGUUGAUGUGUUUAUGUCUUCCACGUCGCCUUGGUACCAGCUACAAUUAAACAAAAGCAUCAUUUAUACGUUUGGUAUUGUCUUUGUGGAAGUAAACAAGCUGGCUCUACCGGUUUCUAUUGCCGGUAUGGAAAUAUAUAAAAGUAAUGACAGUUUUGCUAUAAAAAUGGGGUCACUGGCACUAAAUGAAAAAGAUGGUCUAGCUUAUGGAAACAAAAGAAAUUCCGAUUGUCUUAACUUUGCUAUAACUCCACGCGAUAUCCGUGACUUUCUAAUGUCUUCGUCCUUUAUGAAAUCGGUUUUCCAAAAUAUCGAGGACAUUUUACCUGACUGGCUCAAAUUUUCACAGUUUGGAACGGACAUUUUAAAUGUCAAUGAUUUACAUACAGAACUUCUUCCAGGCAAUGAAAUUAAAACUGGAACAUGCCGCGGCGCACCUGUGUAUGGAAAUCGAUUAUACACGGUGUUAAAAUUUGGUAGCAGUUUUUCGUUAAGUUUAUAUGGGAAUGAUGUCGUUUUACCAAAAGUGAUCACAAAUGAACAAUUUUGCUUAAUCAUAGACAUUUGUCAAGACUAUGGUGGUUCGCUUUUCCUGAUUAUUCCAAAUGAGUCAAGAAAUAUGCUAAAAAAGUUAAAUAUAAUUGGUCAAUUUACACGCAAGUACGGGAUUGAAAUACAGCCUGCUGGAAUUGGGGUUUCUUUGUUAAAUCAUAUCAAUGUAAAGAGUACAGCAACAUCCCUUCAGCUUUGGAAUGGAGACCAACUAUUCAACUAUCAGGUAAUGCCUGAGGCAAAUUUAUGGAUCGAUGGAGAGCUUGUAUGGAAACCAUUUGACAAGCUAUUUUUUAUCGAACUUAAAACCCGGUCGAGUAUCUUUGUAUCAGUCCCAAAGAUAACUAGCAUCUUAAGGAGUAUUUUCCUUGAAGAAUGGAAUGUCUAUUUUAACAUGGAUCUUCUCGGAUCAAUCGGCAUAAAAUUCAAACUUUUCGGACAAAUGCAUAGGAUACAACUUAACGUAGUAAAGAGUAGCAUUCAAGCAUAUGCUUCACUUGGCGGUCUAAUUACAAGGAAAUGGUGUGGAGUGAAUGCAGACCCUCCCGGAUUGUUCUUGUCAGUAAUAGUUGAUAUCAAUCCAUUUCAAGAUAUUCCAAUUCUUAAAAGUGGGCUCUUUGAUUUUAAAAACAAAGUGUAUGCUUAUUUUGCUACAGACCCAAGACCAACUAUGAACAAUAUAAGUACUAUUACUUUUAUACAAAAUAUUGUAGACCUACAUGGGGCAGCAGAAAUAUUUGUUAAUACAACGAUAAAAAAUGUUUUCCGCUACGCAUCCCUUCCUCGCAACACAUCUAAAGAAGUUUUAAGUCAUUUAAAGAAUACAGCAGAAGAAUUUGUACAAACUCUGGAGAAUUGUUUGCAAGAACUUCGUGGAAAUAAUGAACACGUGUUUACUAACUUAAUUGAACAUAUAUCCGAUGUUUGGGCAAACGGAUGGAGCACUCUUAAAAAAGACUCUGAAACUUUUUGUGAUUCAAUCAAAGAUAAUGCAUUUAUUGCAAAAUACAAUUUUACAAACCUUAUAGAUCGUGAGCUUAUUCAUUUAAAAGAUGAUAUUCACAACAUUAUUGAUACUAUGUCUUCACAAGUAAUGCAACUGUACAACAAUCCUAUUGGAUUCGGAAUCAGAUAUAAGGGAACUCUUAACAUUUUUUUCUUAAAAUUUGCUGGUCUUGAGAUUGAAUUCGUCUAUUCUGUUGAUCAGCUUGGUGAAUGCAGUCGUUUUCGUAAAGUUUAUGAAUUACUAAAGGGAGAACGUGCAGCAAGGAUAUACGGCGUUGCUUCAACUGGUCUAAUAAAGGUAGCACCGUUUAUUCGAAUGGAUGUUGGUGCUGGAUUAGGACUCGCAAUAAGUAUUGACACACCAAAUAAAAUGAUUGCACAAUUCCAUUCAGUGGUUAAUGUGCUUGGUAUCCAGGCACAAAGGGAUACUUUUCUCACUCAAGAAGGACACUAUUUUUUCUUAACUGGAAAAAUUUGGAACACUUUUCUUGCCGAACUUAAAAUUUCAUUUGAGAGCAGCGAAAAAAAGGGAAUUGAUACGAUUGAUAUUUUAGGAAGAUUUAAAGCAAAUGGAGGGGACGACAAUUCGUUCCAAGACAGUUACCUUGACGGACUCAGGAAAAUAAUACAAAAGAUAUCAGAUGCAGCCAAUGAAAGAAUUAGUUCGGUCCAGAAUUUGUUUAGUAAUGCUCAAAAAGCUUUCUCAAAGGCCCAAGAUUGGCUAGAAGAUAAGAAGAUUACAAUUCGAAAUGCAAAUUCAGCAUUUGAUGCAGCUAUAAAAUCAUUGGAAUAUGCUAAAGAUAAACUUGAAGAUGCUAAAAUUCCGUUUAAAAAUGCAAUAAGCAAAUUAAAUGAUGCCAAAAAAAAUUAG